AGCGGAAGUAAACAUAAAAGACGCUGAAAAUUUACCGCUGCGUCACAAAGUUUCUGACUUUGUUUGAGUCUGUUAGGUGCGUCUUUCUGUUCGGUAGUUUGUUUUUUGUACCUGGAAUUGUGCUCGGUUCAGGAUGUCAGUGACUGUGAAGGCAUACCUGUUGGGGAAGGAUGAGCAAGUGAAGGAGAUCCGCAGAUUCGCAGUGGAUCAUGACGUCUCAUGUAGUUUCGAGUACCUGAGCAGGAAAGUGGGGACGGUUUUCUCCAACCUGAACUCUUCCUCUUUCAACAUGUACUACAAAGAUGAAGAUGGAGACCUGGUGGCAUUUUCAUCCGAUGAUGAGCUGAUGAUGGGUCUGACCUUUGUGAAGGAAGCCACGUUCCGCCUCUACAUUAAAGAGAAGAAGGAGCACCGACGGGACUUUCCCCUUCACGCUUUCCCCCCCUUUGUUUUUGGCCCACCUCCUCAUGGCCCACCUCCUCCACAUGGCCCACCUCCUCACAUGGCCCCACCCUCUGCCCUCCAUCCAGAUGUCACCUGCGAUGGCUGUGAGGGCCCAGUAGUUGGGACCCGCUUUAAAUGUUCCGUGUGUCCAAACUACGACCUGUGCUCCACCUGCCAGGCCAAGGGGACUCACACUGAGCAUGCUCUGCUGCCCAUUUGGCACCCGCUGCAGUGGUUUCCUCGAGGGAAGUGGAUGAAGAAGAUGAGACACUGUAUGUGGGGGCCGCACAUGGCCCAGAACCAGGAGCCAGCUGGGCCCUCCAGUGCUGCAGCUGACAGCAGCGCCACCUCUGCCUCUCAGGCCAGCGUGGACUUCCUGAAGAACAUCGGUGAGGGCGUGGCUGCCAUGUUGAGCCCAUUGGGUAUUGACGUGGACAUUGAUGUGGAACAUGAAGGCCAAAGGACCAAGGUGAAUCCACCUCCUCAGGAUGGUGGAGAGAAGGGUGAUGUUGAAAUGGAUGGGGGCAGCGAAGAAGGAGGAGCCAGCUCUGAGGGUGGGGGCAGCCAGGGCCAGUCGAAGGUGAGCCGAGAAUCUGAUGAUGAGUGGACUCACCUGAGUUCCAAGGAGGUAGACCCAUCUACAAGUGAGCUGCAGUUGCUGAAGAAAGUGGACCAGGACCAGAAGCAGGACCAGGACCAGAAGCAGGACCAGGACCCUCCAUCAGGAGAACAGCAGGGGCCAUCAGGCUUGCGGGAGGCUGCUCUUUACCCACACCUUCCACAAGAAGCCGACCCCCGUCUUGUGGAGUCUCUGUCGUCCAUGUUGUCCAUGGGUUUCACAGAUGAAGGUGGCUGGUUGACUCGACUCCUUCAAGCAAAGGACUUCGACAUAGGAGCAGCGCUGGACGCCAUCCAAUACGCCAAGCAGCCCCGCCCACACCAGUGAUGUCAUCACUAGCUAUCUUUCUGUUUUCCUGUAGUCUGAGACCAAAACAUGUCAGAGAAUAAUCAGUCUUUACUCAUUUAAUACUUUUUACUGUUAUCUUUAUUAACUUCCUUCAAUAAAACCAUGAAAAACA